AUGGCACGUCGCUCUCAAUGUUCCUCUGCGGGGGAUAACCCCAUGCACCCCAACUACCUUCCUCCUCAUUAUCGGGAAGAAUACCGUCUGGCGAUUGACGCGCUGAUUGAGGAAGAGCUGGAAGGAUAUUACGACUUUCUUCAAAAAGCAGAUGUGGUGGACUUCCUUUCCACGCAGGAAAUUCAGUAUAUUCAGAGCUCGGUCCAAGUUCCUCAGCAAAGCAUCUACCAAGAGCAACCUUUUCUGGACAAUGUCGGAGACAGCUCCUCGGAUACGUACUGGCCGGUCCACUCCGACCUGGACGCCCCCGGCCUGGAUCUCGGCUGGCCUCAGCUGCAUCUUUUCGGCGGUCCCACGGAGGUGACCACGCUGGUGAAUCCUCCCGAGCCCGAAAUGCCGAGCAUCAAGGAGCAGGCUCGUCGACUUAUCAAGAACGCUCAACAGGUGAUUGCCAUUGUCAUGGACAUGUUUACAGAUGUAGACAUUUUUGCUGAUAUUUUAAAUGCCGCCAUGAGGAACGUCGCCGUCUAUAUUCUUUUGGACGAGCGGAACGCGCAUCAUUUCAUGAACAUGGUGUCCAACUGCAGAGUAAAUCUACAGAAUAUGCAAUUUCUACGUGUCAGAACUGUGUCUGGUAUCACUUAUCACUGCCGCUCAGGGAAAUCCUUCAAAGGACAGAUGAUGGAUCGCUUCUUGUUGACAGACUGCAGGGCGGUACUGAGUGGGAACUACAGCUUCAUGUGGUCUUUUGAGAAACUACACCGUUGUAUGGCACAUCUUUUCCUUGGACAGCUGGUAUCGACCUUUGACGAAGAGUUUCGGAUCCUCUUUGCUCAGUCUCAGCCAAUAUCAACAGAUGAGCCUGUUGCGAUGGAAGACAUUGGCUUUUUACAAAAGUGGCAAUACCCAAGUAAAAGAACUUCACUUGUAUACAGAGAGCCCAGGAAGUUUGGGCCGAUGGACAUGCCUCAUCCAGAGGAUUGGGCUAAACCAUCAUAUGAUGAGCACCAAGAAACCGACUGGAGAACGAUGCACCUGAAAAGAAACGAACCUCUGUACGGUCCUAUUGAUAUGCACAGUCGAUUUCCGUCACAACAGUCAGGACUGGAGCAGCUAGGUCACUCCAGGUUUCCCGUGAUGGAAAACCCUGCUUUCAAACGACAGGUGUAUAGCGAAGGUAUUCCUAGCAGGUACAGUUACCCGUUCCCAACUCAACCCGCAGCAGACCUCGAGGCUAGGGGAAGAGCGCUUCACAGGGGACAGCAGCAAAAUGUGGGACCGGGUCCCGAUAACGACUAUGGGGGUCCCGACAAAUUCUGGAACCAAAAGUAUCCGUCAGCAGAGCAGUCUUCGGAACCGGGCUUACCACAAGAAAUGGAGCCUUAUGACAACUUUGACCCUGUGCUUAAUUAUUUAUCAUCCACUAGGAAUGUGGACUUUGAGCAGGUCUCAGAGAAGUUACAACCCCCGGCAGAUUUAAGUCUAUCGCAGCACACGAUGGACGACAAGCAGUUUCUUCAGGACCGCAGAGACCCCAUGGUGAAGCGGGGUUUAAGGAACUGGAGAAUCAACUCUUACCUCAGUGCGUAUGAUAAUCCAGGAGAUGAAGGCCUGCCAUUGAUGCCUCCUCAGACAUCAGAUCCUUUCGAGGAGCCCUCCAACCCUGUACAGACAACCGCACCGCUCGCAGAUUCCUCAAUUCCUAAAAUUCCAAAUGUCCGAGAGUUUAAGAUUCCCGCCGUUCCUAGGGUAAGUCAGUUGCCAAGUUACGCCAAAGCUUUUGCCCUGGAAACAGAACAGGCAAAUAAAUUGCCGGAAGAAAGUACUCCUGUGCUGGCGGACACCAAAACAACAGAGACACUGACACCUUCUGAAUCAUCAUCCACAACAGAAGGGGAGAAAUCAGAAGAGUCAGAACAGAAGGAAUCUAAUACCGCUGUCCGAAAGGACGAGUCGUUUAAGAGAAAAUACAAUGCGGCCAUGCCGAGAAGUUCCAGGUUAAGAUCCUCUCUGAUAUUUAACUCUUUAGAGCAACAUACAGCGGGGCAACAAGAUGAGGAAAGUGACAAGACUGAGAGUGAGCAGACAAAACUACCUUUUGCUUCUCAGGUUUUUGGACAAAGAAGAUCAGGUGCUAGAGACUCUUUCGCCUGGACUCGUUACUUAAAGUCGUCCACGUUUGAUAGCUCUGCACAAGAAGGUACCAACAAACCAGAGGAUAAAGAUUCAAAGAGUUCCUCGGAAAAUCUGGAGAUCCAAGAACCGUCAAAGAGUUCCUCAGAAAAUGUGGGGAUCCAAGAACCUUUAAAGCUGCCAGAUGUUGAACAGGGAAAAACAUCUCCAUCGCCGUUCAGAUUGAAGCGGUCUGAAUCCGAUCUAACAAAAGCUGAUCUACUACCCAAGUCUUUGGUUAGCAACCCGUUGCCCGUAGACAUGAAUGAUCCUGAUAAGAGACUCAAGUUUUUCAAAGAGCUGGCAGCCAAACGCAAAGCUGCCAAGGCUGCAGAGGCUGAAAAGAAGAAAGAGAAGGCUCCAAUGAAAACACCAACGAAUCGUGACGGUGUUACUGUUGUAAAGGAGGACACUGCAUCCAGUGAUGGUACUCGAAAAGAUGAUACAACGUCCCAGAUGUCAAUCUCACUAUCAUCAAGUGUUACUACUAAGGAUUCAAGUAAAACAAAAUCCUCAGAACUAAAUGUCAGUGAUGAGGCAAACAAUCAAGAGGUUAGUAAUCUAACGGUUAUCUCCCAGACAUCAAAAAGUCAACAACCUAAAGUCCCGACUGAUUUGGAUAAAGCAAAAUUGCGAGACAGCCAAACGGCAGCAUCUCUAUCUGUUUCUGCAGAAACAGAAUCUCUUGAGUGUGAUUCAGAAGACCCAGAGCGUCACAAACCUGCCUUGAGUGAGUCUAGCUCUGGUCAAGAGCCCAUUGUAACAAAAGAAACGCAUGCUAAUCUUCCAUUGCUUGAGCAUCGCGCAGAAGAAAAUAUAUCAGCAGUCCUUACGUCUACCUCUACUGAUUCCACUCUAGUUCCUACUCUCAAUACGGUGGAUUCAGCAUCAUCUUCUGCAUCUAACACUGUCAUUUCUAACAUCCAAACUCAAGACUCAUCACAGACCAAUGUGGCACAACCUGACGCAAAGAGCGCUAACUCUGAACACCUGCUAUCCAUUUCUAGUCCACAAAGCACAUCCAAUCCUUCAGACUCACCUAGCAUAGAGCAAACAGCUUCUGUUUUAGUGCCAACACCGCCUGAAAGUAGUCAUUUCCGCCACUUCGCUAAUGAGAAAUCUGGUGUUUUCCAUGAAAGUACCGCGUCUGGUUCAGAGCCAAACUCAUCCGCUACUCCAGUUGUAAAUGAGCCCAGCGGGUCACCUAUUGUUCCCUCGUCCUUCGGAAAUGACAGAGGUGACUGUGAAACACAUAGCCUUAGCUCUUUGUCGCACGAGUCCAAUAUAUUUGAUAUGCAAAGUCUUUCUAAACCAAACCAAAAAGACGUUCCUACGCCAACUAUUGAAGACCUACCGCAAGACCUGCUAAGACGAGUAAAUUCCUCCUCUGAAUCCAACCCAACAGAAUUAGUUCCGUCUGUUUUGCCUUCCCAAACUGAAAAACCAGAAGCUAUCACUACAGUCUCCUUAACCAAUGGGAGUCCAAGUGAUAUAAGCAAAGUCACAACGCACCCUACCUCAAGCACAACAUCUGUUACAGACGAGAUUGUUCCGACCGACAAAAAGCUCGACGCGUCGUUAGCCUCACCGCUCGCUAGCGAUAAUUUGGACCCUCGUAAUGUCGACAGGAAAGAUUCUCAAUCGCCUCGUGAAAAUAACGCCGCGGACAGUGAAACUACCAGUACAGUUUACAAGCAAUCUGUCUGCGGCGAAGGAAUAAAUGAACAAGCGGGGCAAAAUAAAUCUUCCGGAGUUACAACGGAGGAAUCGCCGCAACCCAGGCAGCCGAAAACGAGCCAAUCUCGCUACCAUUCGUCGACGGCGGGCGUGCUCUCGAGCAGCAACCUCCGAGAUGAUACCAAGCUGCUGCUGGAACAGAUUUCCGCCAACAGCCAAAGCAGGAACGAGUCGACGAAGGAGUCGCCCGUCACCGACGACGAGAAAGAAGACGAAGCCGAUAAAAAUGCCAAAAGGGAAAAAGAACGAGAGAUAGGGUCGCUAAGCGGCGGGCUGCAAAAGUCGUCUCAGGACCGUGACAAGCUGUUGGAAAGACUCCAAAGCAUGAGGAAGGAGAGGAAAGUUUACAGUCGCUUUGAUGUGAUCGUGGGCCUGCUGAAGUUCUGGCCCAAGACCCACAGUCCCAAGGAGGUGAUGUUCCUCAACGAGCUGGAGGAGAUCCUUGACGUUAUCGAGCCGGCCGAGUUCGUCAAAGUCCACCAGCCGCUCUUCCGGCAGUUGGCCAAGUGCGUGUCCAGCACUCACUUCCCGGUGGCCGAGCGCGCUCUCUACCACUAG